ACGGGUUUCUUCGCGCACGCUGCUGUUCUGCAGGAUCUGGAAACUUCUGGAUCCGCACCGGUGUGUUUGUGCUACAGGAACAUUUUGACACCUAUCACUUCUACAUCAACAAAACCUGGGCAUCUAUUAUUUUCACAAGAUGGCAGAAGGCAGGCGUAACCGGCGUCACCCCAGUAAUUUACAGGGUGUGCUUCAGAUGGCUGUGGAGGCUGGAUCUGCGUCUGAGGGUCCGGCUCCAUCAGAGCCUAUGACACAGGAGAGAAUGGAGUUUUUGAGAGGAGCUCUGGCAGAAGUGUGUAAAGGACAGAUGGAUGAGGUAGAACAGAUGAAACAGUGUUUGGAAGUGCUGACCAGAGAUAAAAGCAGAGAAAGUGGGAGUGAGGAAGAGGAUGAUGAGGAGGAUGAAAGAGAGGAGGCUCUGGAAAUGCUCUCAGAGCUCUGCGAGAACCUGGACAAUGCAAGAGAUCUUAUGAAGCUGGGCGGUCUGGACUUGUGUUUGUCGAGGUGUCUCUGUCAUUCUGAGGCAGGUAUUCGCUGGAGAGCAGCUCAGCUCAUUGCCAGCUGUGCCCAGAAUAUGCCUGAGGUGCAGUGCUACCUGCUCAACCAGGGGGCGCUACUGAAACUCCUACAACUCGCAGAUCACGACGCAAACAGCACAGUUCGAGUCAAAGCAAUCUACGCUGUGUCUUGUUUAGUGAGGGAACAGGAAGCAGGUCUGCAGGACUUCCUGUCACAUGAUGGCUUUUCAGUGCUGAUGAGGGGGAUGCAGUCAGACAGUGACAAACUGAGAACUAAAUCGGCUUUCCUUCUGCUCAACCUUCUGACCAGUCACCCAGAACACAAAGAUACAGUGUUGUCUAUGGGGAUGGUUCAGCAGCUGGUGUCAGUUCUUCUGUCCCCUCAUUCCUCUGUACAUGAACACGUUCUUGGCACCCUCUGCUGUCUGGUUGAGGACUCUCCCCGUGGCGUGAGUGAUUGCAGAGAACCAUCGCUGGCAUUGGAGGAGCUACUCAACCAGAGAGUGCAGGACCUAAGGGGACGAGAGGAGAGCCUGGAGGAGUUGGAAUUUUGUGAACGUUUACGAGCAGCUUGUUUCCAAGGGCAACCACAGAAGGACAAUGGAAUGGAUCGCUGAGAACUUAUUGGUCAAUAAUGAUUCCUGCUACACAGUAAUAGGCCAGCACAAAAGAGUUUGUAUUCCCUCUCUGUUUAAGAGAGAAAUAAUGAACUAGAAAUAGAAUGGAUCAAAACAAAAAACUAUUCAAACUAUAUGAAUACUCAGAGUUCAGUUUGGCCAGCUAUAUGUGGAUGUGCGUACUUACUGUACACAUACCAUGAAUGCCGAUGGUUUUCAUCCAUACACACUCUUUGUGUUAUAAUAUGAAUAUGUACAUUUUGUAUAAUAUAUUUGCUUUUGUAAAAUAUAUUGUCUAGGAUUAAGUUUUGAUCCUGCAAAUUUUCAAAUGAACAACUAUACGAAUGCUAACCCACAAAUACAAAACAAUAGUGUAGAACUUCACAUCAACAUUUAAAAUGUUUUAGAAUUAAAAUAAAUGUGAGAUGUCUACACCAAUAUAUAGA